CCAAACGACACGGCUAAAACCCUUCUACUAAUCCCGACUCCCCCCAGCCGCCGUCCCCUCCAGCUUCCCCGCACUUCCUCGAGGGCUGCCGCCGCUCCCUGCAGGCGAUGCCGGCGGCGGAGGCGGACUCCCCGGCGAUACAGAUGCUGGGGAGGCUCUUCCGCCUCACCGAGGUACACCUCUGGGACGAUUCAUUUGCCGCCGGAGCCAGCGAUGGCCAGAAGCACUGGCGCUCGGCGGAGGCUGCUCCCGCGGAAUUCCAUGCAAAUAAACCACGCAAUAAAGUGUUCAAAGACACCGAUGAAGGUCAUUCAUUGGUUGAAGAUUUGGAAUUGGCCAAUCUCAUGGGUUCUUUAGGGCUUCCUGUUUCAUUCAGCACAAGUAAAGUGAACAAGAACACAUGCAACAAGGGAAAGAAAAAAGGAAGAAAAAUACAAUGUGAAGCAGGAAACACUCAAAUCGAUGAUGCUGUGAGGAUAUGCGCCAAUACUGAAGAUAGAGAAAGUGAUGUUCAAUUGAUGGCCGUUUUGGAGCACACGAACUUGUGCAAUUCAUCUGGGACUGCUAUUGGUUACAACAAAUCCUGCCAUGAUACUGACAAGAUGCUGAAGGAAGGCAGACCUUAUGCUGAAGAACAAGAGUCUGGCUGUAGCACCAUCUACUCUGCUGAAAAAGCCCGUGGCUAUGAAGCUGAAAAUCAAUGUGAACUUGGGACUUGUGAGCCUCCUGAUAACUUGGGCAACACAGCAAAAGAAGAAUAUCCUAUUCAUGAAAAUCAAGCUGCUGACAGUGUGUUGCUGGAGUCUGAGGAGAUGGCGAGGCAUGACUCUCUUGAUGGUGAAUCUGCUCGUUCCUGCGUCAACAUUUGUCAGGAAGAAAGAUUGUCUACAAAGGAAGAUCAAAUAUCUGCAGAAACUUUGUCGGUACCCCAUGAUAAUAAUGGUGUUGGCCAAGAAGCUUGUCUAAGUUUGGCAGAAACAUCUUCUGUUGAUGAGCAUGCUGAAAGUUCCGCCAGCAACUUUUGCUAUGAAUAUGGUGAUUGGAGGAUUGUCUGGGAUCCAUUCUACAGUCGAUAUUACUUUUACAACAUCCAGACACAAGAAUCAACAUGGUACCCCCCUGAAGGAUUGGAGGAUUUUGCAUCAUAUUGUAGCAUAGAUGCAACUAAAGAGCUGGUCGAACUGGGAUCUCAGUAUACAAGCAUAGCAGUUCAAGAGAACAAUCAGGCUGCUGAUGACAAGCAUCUGGAUGCACAGGAACAAGAUCAUUGCAGCAAAUUACACUAUUUGUCUAAGAUUCCUGAUGAAGAGCCAAUAAAUCAUAGUAUGAUAACUACCAUUCACGAAGGGGAACACACUGAGAAUAAGCACAAUGAUUCAAUGACUGAUGUGUUAGAGAUGGGCCAGGAAGUUGCUAGUACCAAAAAGAAAAAGAGAGUAAGGAGAUCUCAGUCGUAUCAUUCAUGCCCAGACAUGGCAGGGAACAUCUCCAAUGAUAUCAUCAAGUACUGGACUCAGCGGUACUCACUUUUCUCUCUUUUUGAUAGUGGUAUAAAGAUGGAUGAAGAAGGGUGGUUUUCAGUCACGCCAGAGCCGAUUGCAAAGCAUCAUGCAUCUCGUGUUGGUGCGGGGGUAAUGAUUGAUUGUUUCACAGGAGUUGGCGGAAAUGCUAUCCAGUUUGCCACAAAGUGCAAGCAUGUUAUUGCAGUUGAUAUUGAUCCACAAAGGAUUGAUUGCGCGCAUCAUAAUGCAUCCAUUUAUGGAGUAAAUGACCACAUAGAUUUUAUUGUAGGUGAUUUUAUCAAUAUAGCUCCUCAGCUGAAGGGAGAAACUGCUUUCAUGUCGCCUCCUUGGGGUGGACCUGACUAUGCCAAAGUUGAUGUUUAUGAUAUGAAAGGCAUGCUUAAACCUUGUGAUGGGUACUCCCUCUUUAAACUUGGUACUAUGAUAGCGUCAAGGGUAGUGAUGUUUCUUCCUCGCAAUGUUGACCUAAACCAAUUGGCUGACAUUUCAUUGUCAGUCGAUCCCCCGUGGGCGGUCGAGGUCGAGAAGAACUUCCUCAAUGGAAAGCUGAAAGCCAUAACAGCAUACUUUGAAGAGCAGGAUGGCUGAGGCGUGCAGUGGCACUGGUGAUGCAAACCAUCUUUGUUAACUUAUGAGCGACUCAGAAAGACCUUGAGUAUGACUUAUGAAAUGAGAAACGGCCUGAUCCAUAUCUCUGGUCCCUACCAAUCAUCUUCAAUUUUUCUUGGCAAAUGUAGCUUACGUGUUUAUAUCAUCAAUGUCAUAGUAUUUACACGGUUACUUGACACAGUUUACUGCCUUACAGGCUUCUGCUCAAUCUAUCUUUGCUUUAUCAUUUAGAUGAUGUAUUCUGAGUAAAAUGAAUGAAUCCUAAACUUGUUCGAGGGACUCAAGGUCCAAGCGCCUCUGUUC